GUCGGCGCAUGCGCACGGCGCCUCACGGACCCGCGCUCCUCUCCCUUUGCCCCGUUUCUCCGGGUGCCCCUGAUUUUACCUGGCGUCUGUUUGCGGGCUCCGCACCUGGGAUGGAGCAGCUGGGUGAUCUGGAGCUGCUCAUGGAGAAGAGUUUCAGAGAGAAGGCUGAAUCGCCGGCGGAGCAGAAGGUGAAAGCUUCCUUUUCUAAAACAGUCCUAAGCCGAGGAGUGGAUAACCGGUACCUGGUAUUAGCCGUCGACGUUGUACAGAAUGAAGAAGGAAACUGUGAAAAGCACCUAAUCAUCACUGCUUCCCAGUUGCUAGACUAUAAAGAAUUGUGCAUCCUCAGGAAUGACUGGUGCUCUGUACCAGUAGAGCCAGGGGACAUCAUUCAUUUGGAGGGAGACUGUAUAUCUCAUACUUGGAUAAUAAAUGAAGAUUUUGGAUAUUUGAUUCUGUAUCCAGACAUGCUGAUUUCUGGCACAAGCAUAGCCAGUAGUAUUCGAUGCAUGAGAAGAGCUAUCCUGAGUGAAACUUUCAGGAAUUCUGAUCCAGCCACACGCCAAAUGCUGAUUGGUACAAUUCUCCAUGAAGUUUUUCAGAAAGCAAUAAAUGAUAGCUUUGACCCAGAAAAGCUACAAGAACUUGCUUUUCAAACUGUUCAAGAAAUAAGGCAUCUGAAGGAAAUGUACCGCUUAAAUCUGAAUCCAGACGAAGUAAAACAAGAAGUAGAAGAGUAUCUGCCUUCAUUUUCUAAAUGGUCUGGAGAUUUCAUGAAUAAAUGUACUUCAACAGACUUCCCUCAGAUGCAGCUGUCUCUGCCAAGUGAUGGUAGUAACAAUAAUGCAACAUGUAAUAUUGAAGUCGUAAAAUCAUUGGAUAUCGAAGAAAGUGUUUGGUCCCCUCGGUUUGGAUUGAAGGGCAAAAUAGAUGUUACAGUUGGUGUGAAAAUACAUCGAGGAUGUACAACAAAAUAUAAAAUAAUGCCAUUGGAACUUAAAACUGGCAAAGAAUCAAAUUCUAUUGAACACCGUAGUCAGCUUGUUCUGUAUACACUGCUAAGUCAAGAGAGAAGAGCUGAUCCAGAGGCCGGCCUACUCCUCUAUCUCAGAACUGGCCAGAUGUACCCUGUGCCUGCCAGACAUCUUGAUAAAAGAGAAUUAUUAAAGCUAAGAAACCAGAUGGCAUCCUCUUUAUUUCACCGUAUUAACAAAUCUGCUACUGGAAAGGAAAAGACAAACCUUGCUCCUUUGCCACAAAUAAUUGAUGAACAGCAAACCUGUAAAUAUUGUUCACAAGUGGGCAACUGUGCUCUAUAUAGCAGAGCAGUUGAACAACAGAUGGAUGACAAUUCAGUCCCGGUUGGCAUGCUGCCUAAAAUAAAAGAAGAAACCCAGCAUCUAAAGCGUACACAUUUAGAGUAUUUCAGCCUUUGGUAUUUAAUGUUAACUUUGGAGUCACAAUCAAAGGAUAAUAAAAAGAAUCACCAAAAUAUAUGGUUAAUGCCUUCUUCAGAAAUGGAGCAGAGUGGCAGCUGCAUUGGAAACCUGAUUAGAAGAGAACACGUAAAGACAGUUUGCGAUGGACAAUAUUUACAUAAUUUCCAACGUAAAAAUGGUGCCAUACCUUUCACAAAUCUAAUGGCAGGUGACAGAAUUAUUUUAAGUGGAGAAGAAAGAACACUAUUUGCUUUGUCUAGGGGCUAUGUGAAGGAGAUUAACGUGACAACGGUAACCUGUUUAUUAGAUAGGAACUUGUCAGUGCUCCCAGAAUCAACUUUGUUCAGAGUGGACCAGGAAGAAAAAAAUUGUGGUAUAGAUACUCCAUUAGGAAAUCUUUCUAAACUGAUGAAAAAUACUAAUACCAGCCAAAAACUUCGAGAUUUAAUCAUUGACUUCCGUGAACCUCAGUUCAUCUCUUACCUCAGUUCUGUUCUUCCACACGAUGCAAAGGAUGCAGUUGCCUGCAUUCUAAAAGGUUUGAAUAAGCCUCAGAGGCAAGCAAUGAAAAAGGUACUUCUUUCGAAAGACUACACACUCAUCGUGGGUAUGCCUGGAACAGGCAAGACAACUACAAUAUGCACUCUUGUAAGAAUUCUCUAUGCCUGUGGUUUUAGUGUUUUGUUGACCAGUUAUACGCACUCUGCUGUUGACAAUAUUCUUUUGAAGUUAGCAAAAUUUAAAAUAGGAUUUUUGCGCUUGGGUCAUACUCAGAACGUACAUCCAGAUAUCCAGAAAUUUACAGAGGAGGAAAUUUGCAAAUCAAAGUCCAUUAAAUCUUUAGCUCUUUUAGAAGAACUUUACAGUAGUCAACUUAUAGUCGCAACUACAUGUAUGGGAAUAAACCAUCCAAUAUUUUCUCGUAAAGUUUUUGAUUUUUGUAUUGUGGAUGAAGCCUCUCAAAUUAGCCAACCAGUUUGCUUAGGGCCACUUUUUUUUUCACGGAGAUUUGUGCUGGUCGGGGAUCAUCAGCAGCUUCCUCCUCUGGUGCUAAACCAGGAAGCAAGAGCCCUUGGCAUGAGUGAAAGCUUAUUCAAGAGGCUGGAGCAGAAUAAAAAUGCUGUUAUACAAUUAACUGUGCAGUACAGAAUGAACAGUAAAAUCAUGUCCUUAAGUAAUAAACUGACAUAUGGAGGAAAGCUGGAGUGUGGAUCAGACAAAGUGGCCAAUGCAGUGAUAAACCUACCUAACUUUAAAGAUGUAAAGCUGGAACUGGAAUUUUAUGCUGAUUAUUCUGAAAAUCCUUGGCUGAUUGGAGUAUUUGAGCCAAACAAUCCUGUUUGUUUUCUUAAUACAGACAAGGUUCCAGCACCAGAGCAAAUUGAAAAGGGCGGUGUAAGCAAUAUAACAGAAGCCAAACUCAUAGUUUUCCUGACCUCAAUUUUUAUUAAGGCUGGAUGUAAUCCCUUGGAUAUUGGUAUCAUUGCACCAUACAGGCAGCAAUUAAAGAUCAUCAAUGAUUUAUUGGCACAUUCUUCUGUUGGGAUGGUUGAAGUUAAUACAGUAGACAAAUACCAAGGAAGAGACAAAAGUAUCAUUCUAGUAUCUUUUGUUAGAAGUAAUAAAGAUGGAACUCUUGGCGAACUCUUGAAAGAUUGGCGACGUCUUAAUGUUGCUAUAACCAGAGCCAAACAUAAACUUAUUCUCCUGGGAUGUGUGCCCUCCCUAUACUGCUAUCCUCCUUUGGGGAAGCUACUUUAUCAUCUAAACGCAGAAAAAUUAAUUAUUGAUCUUCCAUCAGGAGAACAUGAAAGUCUUUGUCACAUAUUGGGUGAUUUUCAAAGAAGAUAAAACAUUUUUUCUUGCUUUUUUCAUACUAGCGCAGAGAUCUCUAUUUUCUGUUAUUUGUAAUUUGGACAUGCUGUAAAAUCAGUGCCUGGUUAGGCUGUCGAGAUAACUUUUAUCCCAAGAGUAUGAAAUGAUGUAAAUGUACUCUGUUCAGAGUUCUAGGUUUUUGUUUUUUUGUGGAGUUAUUUAUUUUUUAUUUUUUGGCAUGGUCUUGUUAAACAUAAAGUUCUGUCACCAUACAAAAUUUAACACAGUAUUUAUUUUUUUCAGUACAAGUAUACCCAAAACUGAAGUCUCAAUUUAUAGGUCCUAUAAAUGUGUUUUAGUGUGACCUAGAAAGAAUUUGAUAAAUAUUUACUAGCUUUAAAGGUGGAUUAACUUUUGGAUCUGAGGUUUAAACUUUUUAAGUUUAAAAUUUCAAGAUUAAUGAAAAUAAAGAAAAUUGGUUUGUUUUUAUUAUUUAAACAUAAUCUUGUGGUGCUAGAAACAUAGAUGUGAGUCUUUUCUAUAUUUUGAGUUCCCUGGUCCAAAGGCCAUUUUGCUGGUUUUCCCCUCUGACUUUUGCUUUCUGUUAUCAGAUAUGUUUUCACUUUAAACCUAGUCUUUUAAAUUAAUACUUAUAAAUUGAUUAUUUCCAAUUUUGAAUUCUCUCUUGCUCUCCCACUUGUUAUUUUCAGUAUUCUAGAGUAGAUUUUGAUGUAAAAGAAUAAUUCUUACUCUUUUUUAGAGAGGAAAUUUUGUUUGCUGAAUUGAUGACCAAAAGGUAUAUCGUAUAUCCUUGUUCGUACCUAUUUAUGUUUAUAUGCCCCUUUGUUUUGGGCAUUACUCAUUUUUUUCCUCUUUGUAUAAAGAUGUUUUGUAAAACAAUUACCUCGAAGUACUUAAUUAUGUGUAUGGUGACCAAUUUUACCCUCUGUAUCCAUCGUCUAGGGGGAAAAUCCCAUUUCUCAGUUGCUUCUACCUUAAAAAUUAUUAAAGUUUUUAUUAAAUAAAUUGUUUUCUGUUAGA